ACGCAGACAGGUGUGGCGGCGCUACUAGUCAGAUUGUAGUCUGUGCUGUUCUCGCCCCCUUUCCCUCCUCCGCAACCCGAAUACGUCAGUUCGGAUACGUUCUCCGUCCGUUUGAGUACUGUUGUUGCGCUUGUUAUAACGAUAAACGCGCGAACUUUUUACGGUUAAAAGUUUUAUGGUGACAUUUGUAUUGAGUUUAUUAUAUUAUUGUGUUGUAUUUGUGGAACCAUUGUUCACAUAUAACUGGUGAUAAAGGUGUGUUUACACUGUGUUUGUGAUCUCAGGUGUCGCAUUCCACGGACGCGUAAAGCUUCUGUAUACAGGUGGACUGUUUAAAGGAUCUAUUUACAUAUAUUCCAAGAUGGCGGUACGAUUAUGAGACAGAACAGCGACUUUUAGAUGGCCAGCUGGUGCAGAUAGUUUGAGGAAUGAGAAUACGUCGGGAAUAUCUUCGCUGCUGAGAUGGCGCGGGGGUGUGCGCUAACACAGCUGUCAACGGUUUGGCUUCUCCUAUGUUUGCUGCCUUCAGUAUGGACAACACCAGGACCAUGCGAAGUGGAGACUGGGCAGUCAAGCAUAAUUGUGGAUAUAGAAGAAAGCAGAGGAAAUAAUGUAAACCAAAGUACAAUACCAGCGGAGUUGCCGAUAGUCGGCGAGCCUGAUGUAGAUAUAGUACUAUCGACGGUGUUCCCCAAGGGUCCAACGCUGUUCCAGCUCGACGGCAAGCGUUUGCAGCUUCUUCAACCACUAGACAGGGAUGCGGAUAAUCUCUCACAUAUGGUAUUCCAGCUCGUAUGUCAAGUGAAAGCGACGAAAAAGCGGCGGACGAUACCGGUCAUAGUUCGGGUAUCGGAUAUCAACGACAACACGCCCGUCUUCCAGAACACGCCGUACGAAGCCAAUGUUUCCGAGCUAGUACCGAUCGGUACGACGAUAUUCGAAGGUAUCCGCGCAGUUGACAUUGAUGCGGGUGUGAAUGGUCUAUCAGAAUACUUUAUCAUACCAGGAGAUAAUAAAACAUUGGAAGAAGCGAAUGCCGUCGAUGGUUACAGCUACUUUUCAAUUCCUCUGCCGCAUCAAGGUGUAAUAACAGUCAACCGGACUUUGGAUUACGAGCGAACGAAGCUUUAUCUAGUCACUAUUGUUGCUUCCGAUCGCGCACGUGAUACCAAACGCCGACUGUCUAGUACCACGACGAUGACAAUUAACGUGUUAGACGACGAUGACCAGGAUCCCUCUUUCAUCUACCAGGGUUGCACCAUGCAUGAUGGUGCUUGCAUUAACCCUGAGUACGCCAGCUACGUGAACAGCGGAGUUCUUGCAGGCAUCCUAUCGAUUGAACCAGAGAAGAUCCAAGCGGUAGACAUGGAUACGCUAGAAGCUAAGAUACGAUAUAGUAUAGAAAGUGGUGAACCUGAAUCCUGGGGGACUUAUUUCUCAAUAGAUCAGAACACCGGCGCUGUAAGACAGUUACUGCCUGUUGAUACUACUAUCGCUAAGAGAUUCCAGUUGGUUAUUAAGGCAGAAGAAAUAACAGAAGGACGUCGUUACACGACCGCGAAACUAACAGUGACAGUACGUCCAGUGGACUCCAGCCCACCAGUGGUCAACGCCUCCUCGGAGGAGGGGCAGGUCGAAGAGAAUUCCCCCAAAGGAACUAAAGUCCUCGACUUCAAUAAAAAACCUAUCAAAUUAUCUGUUUCUGAUCCUGAUCUGGGUCCUGGCGAUCUUGUACCGAAAUAUUCAUUCGAAUUAACAACGCACUUCUUCGAUAUAGACCCUGAAGGAUAUCUUGUAGUCAACGAUGAACAUUUAGAUCGAGACCCACCGAGUCCUGGCAAAUUGAGAUUCCAAGUGGUAGCUCGUGAAGCGAACGGCGGCGCUGCGUCCGCACCUUUAUCACUUGCGGUACAACUGUUGGAUGUCAACGACAACGCGCCGACUAUACCAAACACGCAGCCAAUCACCGUGCCUGCAAGUUUAGAACCCACUACUGUUUAUAAGGUAACAGCGACAGAUAUCGACGAAGGUGAGAACGCUCGUAUUACCUACAGCAUCUACCAUGUGUCCAACAAUGGCGGCAACAAGUUCACCAUCGACCCCAACACUGGAAUCAUAUCAAGCACUGGUCGUCUACAAGCAGGCGAGCAAUACAGCGUCACUAUACGCGCAGUCGACGCUAAGGGACUUAGUUCUCAAGGCAUAGUAGAACUUCUAGUAGCACCAGGUCCUAACACACGGCCACCGCAGUUCACCGCAAGAGAUUACUAUGCGCCUGUCUCAGAGGGCGCUGCGAUCAAUUCUACUGUCACUACUGUUACCGCCAAAGAUCCAGAGAACGAACAAGUGACAUACUCUAUAGUGUCCGGUAACGAUCUACGUCAGUUCGCUAUCGGCGCCAGCUCGGGCGUCAUCACUGUCAUACGACGACUCGACAGAGAAGUGCUUACGAGAUACCAACUUAUGGUGAAAGCAGAAGAUCCUGGUAAACUGGCGAGCACCGCGACUGUCAACAUCAAAGUCACAGAUAUCAACGAUAACAAUCCUAAGUUCGAAGAAGACUCGUAUACUUUUCAAGUCAAAGAAGGUGCGUCAGGGGAGACAGUAGGCUACGUGCACGCGACUGAUGACGACGAAGGCGUGAAUGCCCAACUAAGCUAUAGUCUGCCUGCACACCUGCCGUUUACUAUAGAUAACGCUACCGGCAUGAUCACUACACUUAGCGAACUGGAUUACGAAGAUAUUAAGGACUACGCGUUCGUAGUAACGGCAACAGAUGGCGCUAUCGACAAGCGGUUAGGCACAGCCUCAGUUACUGUCCAGGUACAAGAUGUGCCUGACGAAGAUCCAGUGUUCCUACAGGAUAUCUACACUGUGCGUGUGCCGGAAAAUGUUAACAACUACCCCGUGGUGCAGGUUCACGCAACAGAUCCGGAUACGACGCCGGAGAUCACUUAUACAAUAUUAAAGGGGAAUAUGGAAUUAUUUUCUAUAGACCGAAAAAACGGGGUUAUAAGAACCGUACAGCCGCUAGACAGGGAAGCGAGCGCGAGGUAUGAACUCCUCGUGGGCACGGAGGAGAAUAACCAGGAGAUGCCGGGUGCAACCACUACUGUUGAAGUUAUUGUUGAUGAUAAAAACGACAACGCACCAGUAUUUACAAUGGCGGUACGCCCUGUCACUAUAGAGGAUUCCUCGUCUAUCGGUAAUUUGGUACAAACGGUGAUAGCUUCAGACGCAGACGCGACUUCUCCUAACAACAGAGUGCGGUACAAAUUAGUAGGCAGGGGAAAGGCUUCAAUCUAUUUCCACGUUGAACCCGAUACGGGUGCGUUACGUGUACGUGACGAUUUGAGGAAAGAAACCGACAGUGAAUAUACGGUGGAUAUCCAAGCGUAUGACCAAGGAGAGCCAGUGAUGUCAACUGUACUGAGCCUUACCAUUUACGUCAGUCAUUCCGCUACCGUACCUCCUGAUGUAGGACUUGGUUUUGCGGAUACUUUGUACACAGAGCACGUUGCGGAAAAUUCGGCGAAUGGUACUCUAGUGAGGAUAUUACCAUUGUUGAAUAAAAGAGAACAUUCUCCCGACACUCCGCUCAAAUGUCGACUUACUGAAUCUUCACAGAAUGGUGUAUUCUACGUGAAAUUAACCGAAGAAAGGGAUUGCGCGAUCUACCUGAAUACAAGUUCGUUAGAUUAUGAAACUCUUACCGAGUAUUCUCUUGAAGUACAACUGGAAUCUAUACAGGGUUUAAUAAACCCUGACGCGAGUAAAGCGGUCGUCAAAGUGCAUGUAACUGACGCCAAUGAUAAUGCACCGGUUUUCGUUUUUCCCGAACAAUCUACGAUAGCUAAUGCGAAAGAGAAAUACUUUGCGAUAGCUACGAAAGAAAUGCUUUUAGGAACAAAUGUAUUACAAGUUAAGGCCAAAGACAAAGAUAGCGGAGAUUACGGUAAAAUAGAAUACCAAAAGAAUUCAUGGACCAAAGCUGCGGAGGAAUACUUCAGUCUAGACGCCGACACAGGGGUGAUCAGUAACAUAAAAACAUUCGAGAAUGUUCCACCAGAUGUUCUACCUUUCAAAUUCAGUGUGACUGCGAGAGACAACCCUAAUUCCCCACAAGAUUAUAACGUAGCUAGAGCUUCUGUUGUGAUUAAUCUUCUGCAAAAAGAAAAUCAACUUGUUGUUGAAGUAGCGGAUUUGAAUGCGGAGACUCUAAGACGACAAUCUCGUAGUUUCCUGCAAGCGAUAGAAGAGAAGAGCGGCUUAGUCGCUGGUUUAGAGAAGUUGACAGCGAGACAUUAUUUGGGAGAGAACGGGACAUUGGAGAGUGAUUCCAAAGGAACAGAUGUCUGGUUGUAUCUCGUCGAUCCUAACACUGGUGCGAUACUAUCGAGAGAAUCUACGCCUGUGAAGAAUGCUAUAGAGGGCGGUGUGCAUAAGGCUGUGGGCGCACGUCUUCAAGCGCCGGUAAGUGAGGUGCGUGCGCCUCUACGGGCCGCCGCACCGCCCCUACGUCCGCACCUUGCUGCCGCGCCACUUGCCACCGCACUCCCUGCUGCUCUACUGGCGCUUGCCGCACUUGUACUGGUAGCCGCGUCCGCCGCUACUAUAUACAUCUGCGCAUCUUGGAACAGAUACAAGAAGCACAAAGAACAAGCUAUCCAGCAAUACGGUACACUAAGCAUGAGUAUGCCGCCGCCGCGCCCGCCCUCCGGAUAUGAAUCCAGCGAGGAUGAGCCCGCGCCUAGAUAUGAAACACAAGUUUUAAAUAUGGCUGUAGACGAUGCUGAUUUGCAGCUAGAUUUUAGUCCAAAUAAUCAUGCGUUUAACAUACACAGCGUGCAAUAUCUUACUAAAGAUAAUGGUGAACGUAGUCCAACAUUAUCCGAA